GACAGUUUGAAAUAUUUGCGAAGUUGCACGAAGUAUGCAUAAUUAGACCUUAAUGGUAAAGAGGAAAAAUGCCAAAUGUCAUUUUAAAUAAACAGAGAAGAUAAAAAGUUUUUGUGCGCUCGCAAUUGCAUAUGUAGUGAAAGCAGAGAACGUUCUCUGGUAAAAUUCGUGUAAACUUAUUUAAAAAUAAAAAUUUUCGUCUUUUGCUGCAGUAAUAGACGUGUAACUAAAAUACUACUAAAAUGUCCACAGCAACCGAAGAGCUAGUGGAGCGCGUUAUUGAAGUAACGGGUGCCAGUACUGAUGAGGCUAAACAUUUAUUGGGUGCUUGCAACAACGACGUAGAGUCAGCUGUUGCGUUAUAUUUUGAACAAGGCAGUGGAGUUGCUGAUGCUGUGACCGCUGCCUUGCCAGCUGCCGAUGAUGAGGAUAAUGUUCGAGCACCCAUUGCACCGAGACGUGAACAAUUAAUUGGGCCAGAAGACGAUAAUUUUCUUGCAGCGCCCUCAUUGUCUACUGAGGGACGCAUGCAACGCAUGAACCAACGUGUGAAAAUAUGCCCCUUUCGUGAUUUUGCACGAGAAGGAGCUUUAAUGGAAGAGCAAAUGCAGGCAGAUGCAUCUGGGCUAGCCUCAUCAUCAAACGGAUCACAUGGUAGACGUUGGGCUAGUACGCGAGCAGCUUCAAUGAUGACAACUGCUAAUAGAACACUGCCUGCAGAUUUAAAACCUUCGACUUCCUCACGUUUGGGUGAUCUUUUCCGUCCCCCGACUGAUAUCUCUUUUGCUGGUACCUUUCAGUCAGCACGUGCACGGGCAACAGCUCUUAGUUGCUGGCUUUUGGUUAAUGUUCAAGAUGACAAUUUCAAUUCACAGGUCCUCAAUCGCGAUGUGUGGGCGAAUAAAGAAGUGCGCCAAGCCAUCAAAAGACGUUUUUUGUUGUGGCAAAUUGAUGCCGAUACCUCAGAAGGCCGUCGAUUUGCUACAUUUUAUCACUGCGAUAAUUUGCCAUAUGUGUGUGUUGUUGAUCCACGCACGGGCGAAGAGGUAUGGAAGUGUAUAGAUCCUAAAGAAUCAAAUGUCCUUUCUGGUUUACGAGAAUUUAUAAGUGAGCACAAAGAAUUCUUAGAUGAUGGAACUGAUGACAGUCCUUCCACUUCCAAGCGCACUAUAACCGUAUCGGAUGAUGAGCAGGAAGUCGAAGGAAGUUCUGAAAAAAAGAAACGUUUAAAAUUAUUGGAUCUUACUGAAGAGGAACAAAUUAAUUUAGCCAUACGGAAUUCUAUGCGUGAAAAUGGUAGUACAAAUGGUAAAAGUAAACGCAAAAAUACCUCCAAUAAUAUAGACAGCGACGGGUAUAAUGAUGCAGAUGACAGCAGUGAAUUUGAGUCGAUUGAAGAGUUCGGCGAUGAUGAUAGUAAAAGCGCGUUUGAUCAUAUGAAAAAUUCCUAUGAAAAGCACCUCGGUAAAGACACAAAUGAAUUAACUGCUCUUAGAUUGCGUUUACUUAAUGCCGAAGGCAAUGAUGAAGUGGUCCAACUGCGUUGGCCCUCAGAUACACUCUUGAAAGCGCUGCGCCUCUAUAUUGGCGAAAAGCACUCACAUGUUAUUAAAAAUGGCGGAACAUACAAAUUGAUUUGCGCGUUCCCUCGGAAAACGCUUGAUUCGGAACAUGAUAGUUCUACUAUAAAGGAAUUGGGUUUACAUCCAUCAGCAAAUUUACAUAUAACAUUAGAUGAGUGAUCAUGAUAUUUAUCAAGCGAGCAUUAUUAUUAUUAAUUAAAUGUAACUCAAAAUACAUACAUAUAUAAUUAAGAUUACACCAACAAAAA